UGACCGCCUCCCACAUCCUCCUCCCCCUCGCGUCGCGAACGGCGGCCGAAAAAAAAGAAGCGCCGCACACCAAUCCUCCCCUUCCCUAUCGAUCGAACCAGCAAGUUUUAGUCCGAAAAAAUUCCCCCAAAAAUUCAGGCGAAGUGCUAACCCCUCGCGUGCCGGAUCUCGUAGUACUGUACGGGUGCAGCUAAGGCGCGUCACCCUAGGUAUGGCGGAAGUGUCGACGGCGCCGGCGCCGGAGGGGGUGCUGCACAGGAGGAUAGAGUUCCACCUCGCGUGGAGGCCGCACUCGGCGUUGGCUGUCGGGGGAGGUGGGUUCCGGAUGGAGACGCUGAAUCCGUUUGCUGCGGCGGUAGGGAGAAGCGAAGGGGAGGCGAGGAGGCCGGAGAAAGGGGAGGCCGGCGGGAUGGAUCCGGAGCUCAGCGUCGCCAGGAUCUACCUAGGGAGAAUUGGUGCUGGUUUGCAAAAUCUUGGGAACACCUGCUACCUCAACUCUGUUCUGCAAUGCUUGACAUACACGGAGCCAUUCGCAGCCUAUUUGCAGAGCGGGAAGCACAAGUCCUCAUGUCGCACUGCUGGAUUUUGUGCACUAUGUGCUCUUCAGAAUCACGUCAAGACUGCUCUUCAGUCAACGGGAAAAAUAGUGACACCAUCACUAUUUGUCAAGAACUUGCGCUGCAUUUCUCGUAGUUUCCGCAAUUCAAGGCAAGAAGAUGCACAUGAAUUAAUGGUUAAUUUGCUGGAGUCCAUGCAUAAAUGCUGUUUACCUUCUGGAGUACCAAGCGAGUCUCAAAGUGCUUAUGACAAAAGCUUAGUUCACAAAAUAUUUGGUGGCCGCCUUAGAAGUCAGGUGAAAUGCACACGAUGCUCACAUUGUUCCAACAAAUUUGAUCCUUUCUUGGAUCUCAGUCUUGAUAUUGCCAAGGCCACUACUUUGGUGCGGGCACUUCAAAAUUUCACUGAGGAAGAGCUAUUAGAUGGGGGUCAAAAGCAAUACCAGUGCGAACGCUGCAGGCAGAAAGUUGUAGCAAAGAAGAGGUUUACAAUUGAUAAAACUCCAAAUGUUUUGACAAUUCAUCUGAAGCGUUUCAGCCCGUUCAACCCUCGUGAAAAGAUUGACAAAAAAGUGGACUUCCAACCAAUUCUCGACUUGACACCAUUUGUUAGUGAUUCUAAAGGUACAGAUUUUAAAUACAGUCUUUAUGGUGUCUUAGUUCAUGCUGGUUGGAACACUCAAUCAGGUCAUUACUAUUGCUUCGUUCGUACGUCCAGUGGGAUGUGGCACAAUCUUGAUGAUAACCAGGUACGCCAAGUUCGGGAGGCUGAUGUAUUGAAACAGAAGGCUUAUAUGUUAUUUUAUGUACGUGACAGUGUUGGAAACUCAAUGGUGCGCAAAGAUAAUGGCACUGCUAAUGUGCCAGCAAAGAAAACUCCUGAAAAAAUCUCGUGUCUGAAUGGUAUAAUCCAAAGUGGUGUAAAAACACCAAAAUUGAAUGGCUCCUCAUCUCCAUUUGGUGAUAAGAUAAUGCACAACAUAAGCAAUGGCUACUCUAGCAUUUUCGGCAAAAUUUCACCAGACCAUUGCUUAAAGAAUGAUUUAAAAACCGAAGGUGCUGCAGCUUCUCAAAACAGUGUCCUGCCUUCCGCACAGCAAACUCUUAUACGUCAAAAUGAUGCUGCUACCUUGCCCACUAAAUCAGUGGGAUUUGCUGAAAGUGGCCAGAAGGAGACAUCUUCCUCACAUCAACCUGUGUCGCUUAUCAAUACUAGUGGUAAACCACACAGGUCUUUGCUGGGACUGCAACCAAAGGCUGACACGGGGAAAAUUAUUUCUGUUGUCUCACCCAUGGCUAAUGGUGCUGCUACAUUGUCUAAAACAGAUACACAAACUUCUCAACCUCAAACAGCUACAUUUUCCAAGUCAGCUGCCCAUGUAAAUGACACAGACACAGGGUUUACUGCACGGACUUUGUCAAAGAAGGAUGCUAUUGUUUCAAAUGGUGUCAUGCCUAGCAAUGGAUGUCUAACUUCCAGUGAGAAAGUGAAGGACUUGCAGAAGUCUCAGAAGCAAGCUAAUGAAACUGCAAAAGCACUUCCUUUGAGCCAGAAUAACAUUGCACCAGGACUUUCACAAGUCGAUUGUGGAAGACAGAUCUGCUCUGGAGGUUCUGUGCAGGUUGCUGUGGCUGAUUCAUGCAAUGGCACUAUAGCUAAAAAGGCGAAUUUGAAGUCAAAGUUUGUGAGGUAUCCUGUUGUGAACAUGUGGUUAGGGUCCAGACAACUGUUGGUAGCCUCACUAAAGCUAGGAAAGAAAACGAAAUGCAAGAGAACUAGAAGACGAUCUAUAGCUUGUUUAGGUGACAGCAUCAAUGAGCAGUCGACAUCAACAUCGGCAACUGUGCCAUCUGAAGCUGUAGAAUGUACUUCCGGCCGGGGGAAACGUGCAUAUGCUAGUGCAAGUCCCGAAGACAGGCAGAAGGUUUUAGGAGCCUGUGUUGGUGCUGGUACAAGUUCAACUUUUGCUAGGGCUGACCUUUCAAAGUUGGGUCCAAGCACUUCUGCAGAUCAGACACAAUCAGAGAUACAAGUAGAUGCUAAGUUGGGAGUUUCCCAACCUGUCAGUAUUCGUGCGACAGACUUGAUGGAAGCUACUGUUCCAUGCUGGGAUGACAUUGACGUGCCAAAUACCAAGGUUGCAGAGUCGCAACGUUCAAAACGCAAGAGCAUUGGCUACAUCUUAGAUGAGUUGGAUGAGGAGUAUGAUCGAGGAAAGACAAAGAAAGUCCGAAAUUCAAAGGAAGUUUUUGAUGGGACAAACCCCUUCCAGGAGGAGGCAAACUGUGUAACGCAGCGGAGGAUGAAACAGAAAAUUUACCAAGGUAAAUCUUGGAAUAAGUCUAACAGGUUAGACGAGUUGAGAAUAUGAAGACACUCCCAAGAAGCGCAAGCUGUUGUUGUACCACCCUAUUUAUGAAGAAAUCAUUCGUUGUUCUUUGUCACUACGUUGUUUUAACAGUUUUGACAGACAUUUGAACCUGUAUUCGAUUGUAACUGAUUCUGUAUCGGAACAACGUGAGAUAAUGUUUUCAUACCUGCUGUUUGUUGUUUACUGAGUGAGCAAUAUGAUGCUGACGAAUAAUACGAGUGGUGUUGCCAUGUUAGCCUUGUGAAA